CAAGAAUGAAGAUACAAAGAUGAAAUAUGGUCACAAUCCAGCCUUUUACUAUUUUAUCUGGACCAUAUCUGGUGCUGUGUUUGGUAAAGAUUUCACAGUAGCUCUGCAGGAACUAGCAGGCUACUAUCAAGAUCUAGAACUUCCAUCAAAUUUUGAAGAGAAUGGAGUCCUUAGACCAUUCAGUUUAGAUCAUUCACCUAAUAAUGAUGGAAAAGUUCAUGAAUUUUGUGCAAGUCAAGGAAUAGCACUAACUUUAAUUGCAGUGAACAAUUUGCCUGGGGGUUGGAAAAUGGUAAUUACAAAGCCUUUGGAUAAUAAAUUUACAACUCUUUCUCAUGCUUUGAAUCACAUUGAUGAUAAACAAUGUAUAGAAUUAUUGAUUAAAUUAAAAGAAAUAGUUUAG